GGGAGAGACAGUUCUAGAGUUCAGUGCUCUUACUAAAGGAGAGGACAUAAGGCGAUGUGAGAGACGAGCAGAAGAGGGGGGAGGGUUAAAAGAAAAAAAAAAUCUUUUUAUGUCUUUUAAAAACCAAGGCAACAGAGCACUCAGGGAAUAUGCACUCACAUGUGAAUUCAUGCAGCAGAGACAAAGGAGUCAUUUCACCAGCGUCCCUGGAGAACGGGAACACAAGUGACGGGCACAGGGAGCUGGCAGACUGAGGAAUGCAGGAACUGAUAAGCCACAGGUGCAAAUCACAUCAAAUAUAUUACAGCGAGCAGUGAAAUCAUAGACAUCCAUUCUGCAGAAGACAACUUCACUUCUGGCAGCACAUCCAAGAUUUUGAUUGGUGGUGAAAACAAUCUAGAACACUACCAUGGUGAUCUCUGUCCAGAAUAUCACCGCUAACACAGCAAUGGUUAUCUGGCCAACAAUUCCUAGCUGUGCUGACAGCUUCUACAGUAUCAUGUACCAGUCUAACUGGAACACAAUGAUGUCUGGAUACUCCAGAGAACACUUUCAAAGACAAGAGAGAAUUCCAGCCAGCCGGACAUUCUAUAUUGUUGAAAACCUUACCCCUCUUACAACAUAUAUCCUGUGUGUGACCUGUCAGUCAGCCAACCCGUCCAGUGACCAAUGCAAAAUCUUCCAUACCGCCGCACAAGAUCCGUCAUCAGUCAGUAGCAAGAAAAAGGAUCUAGCUUUAGGCAUCUGGCUUACUAGCAGUAUCAUACUCCUUAUUAUAGCCUGCAUCCUUCUAUAUGGGUGCCUGCAUAUAUGGUGGCGAAAGCGUCAAGAGCGUGCAAGAGCACAGAAUGCAGAAAGCAAUGACAGAGACAAAAGGCAAGCCUGGGUAAAAGAUGAAAAAUCAGCUGAGAAUUUUGAAAAACCAGGCCUUCUACCAGUAAAUGAGAACAAGAAGGAAGAUAAAAGCACAGAUGGGAGCCACGUGGCCCCUAUUAUGACAGAUCCAUUAACUGCUGAGGAAACCAACAGCCUUACUCCUAAUGAUCAUGAAGAUGGAGCUGCACAACCAACUGCAGAGGAAUGAUCUUGUUGUAGUACCCUGUACCAUACUAUAAACCUAUAUGUACACAAUGGAGAAAAGCAUUGCAUGUCGGUAUGUAUGCUGCACAAACCAGAGUAUUAGAUUAUGUUCAUAACAUUUAUUCCAUUUUUAGUUUUACUGUAAACUUUUUAAUGGUAUAUAUUAUAGUCAGGACUAAGGGGUUAGAAAUAUGCAGUACUCAAAUGGAACUACUUAAUGAGCAAAAGACAAUAAAAAAAACAUACAAAAGCAGUUUAUAUAGCAACAGAAGUGGAGUUUAUACAUUUGUAAAGAGCUUAUAAAACAAACAGAUCGGUACACCAUGGAAUACUCUAGACAAUGCCCAAAUACUGCAAAUAACUAAACUACUAUUCCAAAGAAGAUGGCCUCAAAAUAAAGAGCAACAUUAGCUUCACUAGUAAAUUGUCAUAAGAUGACAAUGAUAAAAAUGAUGGGUAUUUCUUCUUACAGUUAAAGGGAUUUCCAUCUUAGAUACAUAAAUGUUUAAAACAAUCUAAAUUUCAACAAUAAAAAGUACAAUAAAAAUAUAAAUUACACUGUUAUUUAUCUUUGUAAAGACUUAUCAGUCUCCUGUCCUCUCUCCUAAACCUAAAUCAUAAGAUGAAAUAGCAGAAUAGUGAAAGUAUCACACACAGAAAGACAGCAUCAGCUUAUAGUAAGUGUUACAUCUAAUACUAUUGCUGGAUUCACAGCUUAAACUGCUCAGUACUGCUCUAUAAUUCCUACAACUUGCAGCUUCUGAUGGUGUUCUUUAUAAAUAGCAGCAGGAUCUCCUAUUCUAUGGGGGAGAUUUAUGAAAAAAAUGUGUAGAGGAAGAGUGGUGCAUUUGCCCAUAGCAACCAGAUUGCUUGCUUCUUUUUUCGCCUUUUUAAAAAUGAAAGCAGCUAUUUGAUUGGUUGCUAUUAGCAACUGCACCCCUCUUCUCACACACCGGUUUUCAUAAAUCUCCCCCCUAUAUGUGUACAGUGAAAAUGGAUUGGUGACCUAUCCUCAGGAGAGACCAUUAAUAGCUGCUUCCUGUGAUGCCAACACCUGGCCCCCUAACCAAUCAUCUGUUUGGCACAGCUACUGGACACAUAUUUAAACAAUGUAUGGAGCUGAAAACCUUGGCUCUAUACAUUGUGCAGUAACAGUGUUGGGUUACUAGAGCUUAGCUCUUGUUCACUUUAACGAAUGCUGAACUGGAGUAAGCCAGUGCAGCCAUUACACAAUCUACGGAGCCAAGGCUUCAAGCAUCAUACAUUUUUUACAUCGAGGGGUCGCUGCUGUGCUGAACAGAUGAUCAGCAGGGGUCCUAAGGAUCUGCAAUUUUCUCUGGGAAAACCUAUUUAUGGACACCUUUGCACUGAAUUUCUUUUAUUGUUAAUUUUUUUCAUGAAUGCAAAAUAAAAUGCUAAAUUGGCUUCAUUAAAGAAUUUUCAUAAAAAAUUUGCUGCUCAGAGAAAAAAAAAAAAAGAUAAAUAAAAAAAUCGGUUUAAUGGACAGUCUGCUCUCUAAGUGUUAGAAAUGGCAAUGUAUGGGGCGAUUGCUCCACUGGCUUUAUGUUCAGAAGGUGUUACUAUGGCGAAACAUGCCUUAAAAAUGAAAAAUUAAGUUAGUUGAUACAUGUGUAUGUAUUUAAGAAACUGAAUCUGGGAUUUAAGUAUGAAAAAGUUUUUAUGUGUGUAUGUGGAGAGUUCCAGGAAACUAACAGAAACCAACAACAUUUACACAGACAUGGAGAAGGAGCACUGGAAAGAGAUCAGACAGGACAUACCCAAACCUUCACUUUACAUUUUGGUUGACUUUUAUAUUUCAUAAUGUGACUUGCAAUGUUAUCUUUCGGCAGUAUAUGCUGGAUUUAUUUAGCUAUAUAAAAUAGUAGGUGCAUGAUACAGCACAAAGGCACACAAUUUCAUGCAGUUCAUACAGUAUUACAUGCCAUAAUGAAAUGCAGUAAAUAGACUGCUAUCUACCCAGACCCUGACCCAAUAAGAUACUUGCUUCUAGCAUGCUGUUUAGGUGCAUAAAAAAGAGGGGUAUUGAGUAUUGAUGCAAUGCAGAUACUGUAUAAGGUUGAGGAAUUUAGAACGGUCAUGUCAGAGCUGUAAUGGAAGCCAUAUUUGUUAUCAAAAUUCUAUUUGUUACCCGUACAAAAGGAGAUAUAUACAUAUUUGUAUCUGCCUAAAAAAAAAAGCUGGUUAUACAGUAUUGCACAAAGAAAGUCCAAAAGGCAUAAUUAUUACAAUUAAAGUCACAAUAGACUUUGGAGAUACUGGCUCAGAUUUAUCAAUCGGUCUGGGGAAAAAAAAAAAAUCUUGAUUUUUGUCUCAUUUUGAGAAACAAAAGCUGAGCUGGUUGUCAUUUGUUCAAGGCAAAAAUCUGAAUUCUUUUUUUUUUUUAUCUCGGACAGACUGAUAAAUUUGGACCUAUAUGUAACAAGAUAUUCGUAUACCACUACUCAAUCUGCAUUAAUAGGUCCGGUCCCUACUAGAAUAUCUAGUUUAUGGUCUCUUGUGACUGACUGAUUUAUCCUUAGGAUUUUGUUCUUUUCUAUUUGACAAUUGUUUGCCUAUAUAACUGCAGAAAAGCAAAUGCAGCAAACCCAAUGUUGAAUAAUUAAAAUGCGGAAGGAUCGUAAAGGCUGCUGGCUAUAUAUUUUCAAGAUUCACUGGCCACAUUGAAAACUGGAUAUGGGUUUUGUGCAAAUGAAUAAAAUAAAAAUUAGUACACCAGCAGCCUCUAUGUUAUAAAUGCGGUAGAUAAUAGAUUCCUGUGACUGGUAAUGAAUACCAUUAUCACUUGUACUUCUGCGCUAUGAAAACUAUGCAUCUGACUCGCCAUUUAAGAAAGACCUUGUCCUCUACAUGAACUGGCACCAACACUUAUAUGGUGUUGUGAAUAUAUAAACUCCCUGUAGUUAUCUAUAACAUUUAUCCUUGCUCUUUGCUUUGUCAAUGUGUUUAUUUGUGCUUGUUUAGAAAGAUCAGAUUAAGAUUUAGUUUGAUAAUCUCUGCUCAAUCUAGUAUCUAUACGCACAUAAUGUUCCAUAAGAACAGAGUUUUACUCCAUAAUCGGCUGCCAAGUUGAACUAUAAACUCUUUAAUGAUGGGAUUAAAGGAAGCCAUUAGCUGUGGAGCAAGCUGAAGAUUCCGGCACAUUUGCAACAAUAAACAAUCACUGAUCAUUUCUACAAAUCAGACCCUUGAGAACCAUUCCAAGGAUUAGAGGGUUGCCUGUCUGUGGGUUGUGUGUGAUCCUGCAAUCUGAACUCAGACAGCCCUUUAAUGUUUAAUAUUUUCUUGUCUUGAGUUCACUUGGACUUUUAAAUUAUAGAUCACUUCAUAGACCCCAUUCACUAUUAUAUAUACUUUAAGCUUUUUAUGUAGUGCAUUUCUGUACCAAAUAAAAAUGUCAAAUUCGA